AUGCCUAUUCAACAUCGAGCAACACAAACGAGUUAUUAUCGCAAAAAUCAGAGUUUAACAGCGAAAAAUGUACUUCAAUUCAUUUCUUCGCUCAUUAUUCCACUUGUGUUUGGUAUUUUUACUAUUGUCAUUACGUUUCAUCAACAAAAAACGGCUCGAGAACAACGACUUGAAGAUCUUAACGAAUUGAGAGAAGACCGCCGUGAAGAAGCCAUCAGAGCGAACAAUGCCAAUGAAUUUCAACGUCAAUUAGCAACUGAUCGAUAUCGAGAUCAGUUACUUGCAUUCUAUAUUCAAGAUAUGGCAGCAGUUCUCGAUAAAAACAAUGGUUCACUCACAUUGAACCAAGUUAUGGGUACUGUUACCCGAGCAAAAACUUUGGCUGUCUUUCGUCAACUAGAUACACAACGUACUAUUCAAAUUAUUCGAUUUCUCUACGAAUCUGGACAACUUUGGGAAACAGACGACCGUCUUUCAGUGGAUCUUUCAACAGCCAAACUUCAUGAUAUCGAUUUUCGUGAUAUAGCAAUAAAUGGAGAAAAUUUGAUUCAACUAUCAUUGACUGGUAUCUUUCUAUCGAAUACUAUGUUCAUAAAUAUUACAAUGGAACAACGCACUCGUCAAUCACAACAAUAA